AUGUUGAUUGAAUUUCAGUCACUUCUCUUGCAACUAUCGAAAACCCAUCAAACACUAUCAAGAACCAAACAAUUACAUGCUUUACUAACCAAAACCCACCUCUUACAAGACCCAUUUUAUGCAACAAAACUUGUAAGAUUCUAUGCUAUUAACAGUGACCUUUCCUCCGCUCGUAACCUGUUUGAUAGAACUCCUCAACGCAGUGUUUUCUUAUGGAAUUCCAUCAUCAGAGCUUAUGCACAGGCUCAUAGGUUUGAUGAUGCGUUUUUUCUGUAUGAAAAGAUGAUUGGAACUGAUGUAAGACCAGAUAAUUAUACUUAUGCUUGUCUCCUACGUGCGUGCUUUGAAAAUUUUUAUGUGGAUGGAUUGCGAAUUGUUCAUGGAGGCGUAAUAGUUUCCGGGUUGGGAUUGAAUUCUGUUACUUGCAGUGCACUAGUUACAGGUUACUCAAAAAUGGGUCUUGUUGGUGAAGCAAGCAAGGUGUUUUGUGGGGUUUUUGAGCCAGAUUUGGUUCUGUGGAAUGCUAUGAUUUCUGGUUGUGGUUAUUGUGGAUUUUGUGAUAAAGGGUUGCUAUUUUUUAAUGAAAUGAGAUACAAUGGGAAGCUGAAGCCUGAUGGUUAUACCUUUGUUGGGUUAAUCGUGGGUUUAGCGGAUUCUUGCUCGCUUCAAGUUGGCCAGGGAAUCCAUGGGUUAUGCUUAAAAAGUGGUUUUGAUUGUGAUGAUCAUGUAGGCAGUUCACUAGUCAGCAUGUAUUCGAGAUUUAGGUGCAUGAAUUUGGCGUAUGGUGUAUUUAGAAGUUUAUAUCAGCCUGAUUUAGUAACAUGGUCUGCUUUGAUAACUGGAUUUUCUCAGUCUGGAGAAUGUGAGAAGGCAUUGCUUUUCUACAAGAAUCUGAAUUUGGACGGUAAAAAGCCAGAUUGUAUUUUGAUUGCUAGUGUAUUGGUGGCAACUGCUCAACUGGCAAAUGUAGGUCCUGGUAAUCAGAUACAUGGUUAUGUAGUUCGACUUGGAUUUGAAUCAAAUGUCAUGGUUUCUUCUGCUCUUAUAGACAUGUAUUCAAAGUGUGGUUUCGUGGGAUUAGGCCUUUGUGUCUUUGAGAAUAUGCCAAACAGGAAUAUUGUUUCAUACAAUUCUAUAAUCUCAGGUCUUGGUUUGCAUGGACUUGCUUCCCAAGCUUUUGACAUGUUUACAGAGAUACUAGAGAAAGGAUUGAAACCUGAUGAGUCUACUUUCUCUGCUCUCCUUUGUGCUUGCUGCCACGCUGGCCUUGUUAAAGAUGGAAGGGAAAUUUUCAGGAGGAUGAAAGAUGACUUUUGCGUCCAAGCUAGAGCUGAGCAUUAUGUUCACAUUGUAAAGCUACUUGGGAUGGCAGGGGAGCUGGAUGAGGCAUAUAAUUUUAUCUUGUCCUUGAAGCAACCAGUAGAUUCUGGCAUUUGGGGAGCAUUGUUGUCAUGCUGUGAUGCUCAGGGGGAUUCUGAGUUGGCCGAAAUUGUAGCCCAGCAGCUUUUCGACAGUAAGCCCAAAAAAGGUGCUUACAGAGUCAUGCUUUCUAACAUAUAUGCUGGCGAUCGGAGAUGGGAUGAUGUUGAGAAGAUGAGAGAUGAUAUAACCAUUGCUGGAACAGAGAAAAUGCCUGGUCUUAGUUGGAUUGGAGGUUAUUGA